AUGCAUGCUAAUGCGAGUUUUCAGGUAGAGGAAGAAUUGGCACGGGACCUUCAGCAGAUGAAGCUUCGGCUUCAAGGCACGCCAGGUAGCUAUUCUCCACUUCCUCACUCACUCGACUGGUUUGCUUCGCACGUCCAUUUGCUGAUUGUACCCUUCUUAGAGGCCGAAGUUAACCAAGAGCUGGUGUUCCAGCUUCUCAGUUUCAUCAUCCAGGAAGAUCUGCUGUACUAUCUCGCAAACAACAUCCACAAACUACCCUUCGAGUCCCGGAAAGAUGCACAGGUCAUCUUUUCGACCGCAUUUCGCUACAAGCCCGUCGGCGCAUCCGAUCCGCAAGUGUUGCACCAUGUUAUACAGUUCCGACCGGAGAUCAUAAUAUCACUAUGCAGAGGAUACGAUCGCCGAGAGAGCGCAAUGCCCUGCGGGGGUGUCCUGCGUGAAGCCCUUAAGUACGACUCUAUCGCUGCACUUCUCCUGUACGACGAGCCCACGACAGACGGAAAGACGAGGGAUCUAGGUGAUGUGAAUCCAGAUGAGCCUUCAUCUGGAAAUGGUGUGUUUUGGAGGUUUUUUGACUGGAUAGACAAAGGUGCAUUCGAAGUCAGCGCCGAUGCCUUCAAUACUUUCAGGGAUAUUCUUACAAAACACAAGGCGCUAGUCGCCCAAUACCUUCAAACCAACUUUGACAUGUUCUUUACGAGAUACAACGCAGUCCUUGUACAAUCAGAGAGUUACGUCACGAAACGUCAAUCGAUCAAACUACUGGGCGAGAUUCUUCUGGACCGCGCCAAUUACAGUGUCAUGACGCAGUAUGUGGACUCGGGCGAGCAUCUGAAAAUUAUCAUGAAAUUGCUACGAGACGACAGACGAAUGAUCAACUAUGAAGGAUUCCACGUCUUCAAGGUAUUCGUCGCCAACCCAAACAAGUCGGUUGCUGUACAGCGCAUUCUCAUCAGCAACCGAGAGAAGCUGCUGCGCUUCUUGCCCAACUUCCUCGAGGACCGCACCGACGACGAGCAAUUCAUGGACGAAAAAAGCUUCCUGAUACGGCAAAUUGAGCAGCUCCCGGGCGUGCCUGUGGCUCCGCCUGCAGCUGCUUGAAGGGCAGUGUUUGAGACGAUUGGUAUGUUUUUGGGACACCGCUGUCUGUCUGGUUGGUCAUGUAUGCAUUUGAAGGAGUUUUGGGCGUGGAUU